AUGGAAUUAUCUUGCUUCUCCUCAUCGGACGUCUUUGCUGGAAUCCUCGCCCUCAUCAUCUUUCUUUAUUCUCUCUCCAAGAUAUAUGGAGGAACAUUCGGUGCUCAUCGGAUGCGACUGCCACCUGAAGCCGGCGGAGCCUUGCCGCUGAUCGGCCACCUCCAUCGUCUAGCUGGAAAUGAACCAGCACACAUAUCAUUUGCCAAAAUGGCCGAUGCCUACGGCCCAAUUUUCACCGUUAGAUUGGGUGUGUACACAAACUUGAUCGUCAGCAAUUGGGAAAUAGCGAGAGAGUGUUUUAGUACAAAGGAUAGAAUCUUCGCCUCUCGUCCAAAGCUUGUGGCCUCAAAGCUGUUGGGGUAUGACUAUGCCAUGAUGGGGUUGAGCCCUUAUGGUCCGCACUGGCGCCAUGUCCGCAAACUAGCCACGCUCGAGCUCUUAACGAACCAACGCCUGGAGCAGCUCCAACACAUUCGAGUAUUCGAGGUUCGGAGUUCGAUUAAGAAACUAUAUGAGGUGUGUGUGAAGGGUAGAAAUAAUGGAUCAAAUGAGGGAGUGUUGGUGGAGAUGAAGACGUGGUUUGGUGAUAUAACUCUCAACACAAUAUUCAGGAUAGUGGUUGGCAAGCGAUUCUCCACGGCGGUGGAAGGAAGUGGCAAUGAAGAAUAUCGGACGGCGUUGAGGGAUUUCUUUGAAUGGUUUGGAGUAUUUGUUCCCUCGGAUUCGUUUCCAUUUCUAAAAUGGUUGGACUUGGGAGGACAUGAGAAGGCCAUGAAGAACACGGCCAAGGUGCUUGACGAGGUGUUUGACAAAUGGCUUCAAGAGCAUCGACAAAAGAAGAAGAAUCUCGGUGAAGGGAAGAUGGAGGACCCUCCUGACUUCAUGGAUGUGAUGCUUUCUAAUGUUAAAGAUGAUGGACAACUCUCUAACUAUGAUGCUCAUACUGUCACCAAGGCUACAUGUUUGGCUCUUAUAUUGGCCGGGUCCGACACUACAACAAUAACGAUGGUAUGGGCUCUUUCUUUACUUCUUAAUCAUCCCGAAGUCAUUGAGAGAGCUCAACUUGAAUUAGACGAACAGGUUGGGAGACAAAGGCAAGUGAGAGAGUUUGAUGUAAAAAAUUUGUUGUAUCUUCAAGCUAUUGUGAAGGAAACAUUGCGUUUAUAUCCUGCAGCACCGAUCCUAAUCCCUCAUGAAUCCAUAGAAGAUUGUACGGUUGCUGGUUACCAUAUCCCAGCAGGAACACGUCUUAUUGUGAAUGUUCAAAAGCUUCAAAGAGACCCACAAAUAUGGAAAGAUCCGUGUGAAUUUCGACCGGAGAGAUUUCUAACUGAUAAUAAAGAUUUUGAUGUUAGAGGACAGAGUCCCCAGUUAAUACCAUUUGGAAGUGGUAGAAGAAUGUGUCCUGGAAUCUCGUUCGCCCUCCAAGUUUUGCAUCUAACGCUUGCAAAUUUGCUUCAUGGGUUCGAAAUAAGAAGGCCAUCUAAACAGCUACUCGACAUGGAGGAGAGUGCUGGAAUGACGAGCAUUAGAAAGAAUCUACUUGAGACUGUAAUAACUCCUCGCCUUCCCGCUCAAGUUUAUGAAUGACUUGGCUUGGUCUUGUAUUGGCCAGAUUUGACCGUUCAUCUUGAAGAAGGAACAUUCAU